AUGGCAGCCCCUCACGAUGUCAAGAUUGGCGUUAUCGGUGGAACAGGCCUCUAUAAACUAGAUCAUCUAGAAAUAGUCGAUGAAAUUUAUCCAGAUACUCCGUGGGGCAAGCCGUCAUCGAAAAUAGUAAUAAUCUCCACACACACAGGCCUCAAAAUAGCCUUUCUUGCCCGUCACGGAGAAGGUCACAUAUACAACCCAUCGGAAAUACCCUCUCGCGCAAACAUAGCAGCCUUGAAAUACAUUGGAGUUCAAGUAAUUAUUGCAUUCUCAGCAGUCGGAUCGCUUCGUGAAGAAAUUAAACCACGUGAUUUUGUUCUUCCCGUUCAAGUAAUCGAUCGAACCAAGGGCAUUCGUCCACAUACCUUUUUCGAAAAUGGUAUAGCUGGUCAUGCUUCGUUUGCAGACCCAUUCAAUGAAAAGCUGGGGAAAAUCAUUGCAUCGCACGCCAGUGCAUUGGACAAUGCUACAUUACAUCUGAACAAGACGUUGGUUUGUAUGGAAGGACCAGCAUUCUCUACCCGAGCCGAGAGCAAUUUGUAUAGAUCUUGGGGAUGCGAUGUGAUCAAUAUGUCUUGUUUACCCGAGGCGAAAUUAGCCAGAGAAGCUGAAAUCGCUUAUCAGAUGGUCUGCAUGUCGACCGAUUACGACUGUUGGAAGACUGACAUAGAGGUCGUUACCGUAGACACGGUCAUACAAAAUUUGCGUGCAAACGGAGAGAACGCGAAAAAGUUGUUGGUGGCUGUGUUGGGUGAUGUCGAAACAGCGAUUAAGCAAGAUGGAUUUAAAGAUGUUAGGGGACCCAUGAAAUAUGCUGUUAUUACAGACAGGGGCAUGUGGACUGAAGACGCAAAGAAGAGACUGGAGUAUUUGUUGCCUGGGUAUUAUACAUGA